AUGAAAAUGCGUCAGCCUCUUGUUGACUACUUGAAGUAUGAGAAGUUACUUGACGAUCUGCGAAAGAGAGUUGAUGUGCGGCGACGAGCACCUCGCUUUAUCUAUUACAAAGGCACUCUCUAUCGACGAUCCUUUGAUGGAGUCUUCUUAAGAUGUUUGGGAGAUGAUGAAGCGAUUCAAGCUAUGGAGGAAGCUCAUUCUGGAAUUUGUGGUGCUCAUCAAUCAGGCCCGAAGCUACAUUUUCGGAUCAAAAGAAUGGGGUACUAUUGGCCGACGAUAGUUAAAGAUUGUAUGGACUAUGCCCAAAGAUGUCAGCCAUGUCAAUUUCAUGCAAACUUCAUUCACCAAUCACCCGAGCCGUUACAUCCCACUGUUGCUUCAUGGCCAUUUGAUGCGUGGGGUCUUGAUGUGGUUGGACCUAUGACAAAGUCUUCUGGUG